UGCAGUGAGCAGUGUACACAAAGAUCACAGGUUACAUCUGGGAUUUCAUUAUGCAUGCCUAAUGAGCAUGUUGAUGAGAACUCCCCAGGCCGUCAUAAAAGUAGCUGAAAAAAGAACUGCUGAUAAGGCACUGAAUAGCUUCUCUUGUAAAGCUUUCCUUUGGAGCUGAGAUCUUUAAAGCCGGCAAAGAUAAUGGAGAGAAAAUUGGACAAUAAAAUGCGAAGGGAGCUGUCCUGCCUCGCUACUUUAAACAACAAAAACAUAACCCUGGUGUCCGUUCGAAAGCGGCAGGCAGCUCACGAUGUGCCUGAACUACUGAUUAUUGGUGAGGGGUCCAAAGCGGGGUCUCCACUAGAAGCAAGCAGGAAGUUGCAGAAAGAAGAGAAAGUCUUGCAGCGUAACUCCAUGGGAAUGCCAGAAGUCAGUACAACUGGAAGGCAGGUUUUGUCCAAUGCUGACUCUCCUCCUAGCUGCGCGCUGGAACCUGAAAUGAAACAGAAUUUUGCUUUUGACAACAUGGGCUACGAGGAGAGCUUUGAAGCCAUGCCCUCACCAUCUUCCCAGGAACGCACUGUUGCAGUCAAUGUGGUGGGAAUGACUUGCCAAUCUUGUGUGCAGUCGAUAGAAGGACGAAUUUCCAAAGUUAAGGGUGUUGUGAGUAUUAAAGUCUCCCUUGAACUGAAUAAUGCUUUAGUAAAAUAUCUGCAGUCAGAAAUAAGCGCUGAACAGAUUUGCCAAGAAAUAGAGGAUAUGGGCUUUGAUGCUAACAUAGCAGAAGAAAAGUUGGCACCAGUGUCUGUAAAUUUGCCGUGCUCGAGAGAAGCAGUAAUAAAGCUUCGGAUAGAAGGCAUGACGUGCCAGUCCUGUGUCACCAGCAUUGAAGGAAAGAUGAAGAAGCUUCACGGUGUGGCAAAAAUCAAAGUGUCACUCGGUAACCAGGAAGCAGUUAUUGCUUACCAUCCUUACAUCAUUCAGCCUGAGGAACUUAGGAGCCAUAUCAGUAACCUGGGGUACAACUGCACCAUUAAGAGUAAAUCGGCACCUUUGAAGCUUGGUGUGCUUGAUGCCAGGAACCUGCAGAGUGCAGACCCCAGGGAGACACCAGCAUCUCUUGAGAGUGAGGGUUUGCAUCCGCUGGUUGCCAGCAAGAGCAGCACAGCUACGGUGACUGUACAUAUAGAAGGCAUGCACUGCAAAUCUUGUGUCAGAAACAUUGAAGGAAAUAUAUCCUCUCUUCCAGGCAUACAAAGUAUUGAAGUCUCCUUGGAGCAUAAAUGUGCUGUUGUACAGUAUAGCCCAAAUUUAAUUACCUUGCCUGCUUUGCAGCAAGCUAUUGAAUCCCUUCCACCUGGGAACUUUAAAGUUUGCCUCCCUAAUAGUUCAGAAGCAAAUAGCCAGUCAUCUCCAUCUCCUGCUUUGGUGUGUGAUCUCUUCAGAGAGCCACUGAAAGACACAACGUGCACAGCUGUUAUUAGGAUUGAUGGCAUGACCUGCAAUUCCUGUGUACAGUCCAUAGAAGGAACAAUAUCUCAGAGACAAGGUGUGCAGCAUGUAGCAGUUUCUUUAGCUGACAAGACUGGGACCAUACAUUAUGAUCCAGCAAACACGAAUGGAGAGGAGUUGAGAGCUGCCAUAGAAGAAAUGGGGUUUGAAGCAUCUUUGCUGACAGAUAUUGGGGCAGGAGAAUACAAGCGUUGGCCUGAUGCCAGUAACACUGCAGCGCAGCCUCCAGUCCCAGAGCCUCCUGGCCAGGGUUGUGUCUCCGAUGCACUUCCAGACAGCCCUCAUCCUGAUGAGCCAAACCAGCCCAGCGGAGCAACAGCCAAGAAGUGCUUUUUACAAAUCACUGGCAUGACCUGUGCAUCAUGUGUGUCUACCAUUGAAAGACAUCUGCAGAAAGAAGAAGGUAUUGUUUCAGUGUUGGUAGCACUGAUGGCAGGUAAAGCAGAGAUAAAAUACGAGCCUGACUUCAUACAGCCUCUUGAAAUAGCACAGUUGAUCCACAACUUGGGUUUUGAAGCCACUGUCAUAGAAGAUCAAUCAGAAACAGAAGGAAAUGUGGAGCUGCUUAUUACAGGGAUGACUUGUGCUUCCUGUGUUCACAAUAUUGAAUCCAAACUUAUGAGAACAAAUGGCAUAUUCUACGCCUCAGUUGCACUUGCUACUUGCAAAGCUCGCAUCCAGUUUGAUCCUGAAAUUACAGGACCUCGAGAUAUUGUAAAAAUAAUUGAGGAAAUUGGCUUUCAUGCUUGUGUGUCUAGAAGAGUUCCAAAUACACAUAACUUGGAUCAUAAAAAGGAAAUACAGCAGUGGAGGAAGUCUUUUUUGUGCAGCCUUGUGUUUGGUAUUCCUGUCUUAAUCCUAAUGAUUUAUAUGCUAAUACCUGGCGGCGAGCACCAUGGGGCUAUGGUGCUGGAGCAGAAUCUCAUUCCUGGAUUAUCUAUUUUAAAUCUUCUCUUCUUUGUCCUGUGCACUUUUGUUCAGUUCCUUGGUGGAUGGUAUUUUUACAUACAAGCUUACAAGUCAUUGAAGCACAAGGCAGCCAAUAUGGAUGUGCUCAUCGUUCUGGCCACAACGAUUGCUUAUGUGUAUUCAUGUGUGAUCCUGUUAGUGGCCAUAGUUGAAAAGGCAGAGGAAAGCCCUGUCACUUUCUUUGACACUCCUCCAAUGCUGUUUGUAUUCAUUGCCCUUGGGAGAUGGCUUGAACAUAUAGCAAAGAGUAAGACCUCAGAAGCUCUUGCUAAACUUAUAUCUCUUCAAGCCACGGAAGCCACUGUGGUGACUCUUGGACCUGACCACACUAUUAUCAGAGAGGAGCAGGUACCUGUUGAACUGGUUCAAAGGGGUGAUAUUGUAAAGGUUGUUCCAGGUGGAAAGUUCCCAGUGGAUGGGAAAGUCAUUGAAGGCAAUUCUAUGGCAGAUGAGUCUCUCAUUACUGGGGAAGCUAUGCCUGUCACUAAAAAGCCUGGGAGCACAGUGAUUGCUGGCUCUAUAAAUGCACAUGGCUCAGUUCUUGUUAAUGCAACUCAUGUUGGUAAUGAUACCACCCUGGCACAGAUUGUGAAAUUGGUGGAAGAAGCUCAAAUGUCAAAGGCACCAAUCCAGCAACUGGCAGAUAAGUUUAGUGGAUAUUUUGUUCCAUUUAUCAUCAUAAUUUCUACAGUGACUUUGAUAGUAUGGAUCACAAUUGGUUUUAUAAAUUUUGAUAUUAUUCAGAAAUAUUUUCCUAAUCAGAACAAGCACCUUUCAAAAGCUGAAUUAAUACUGAGGUUUGCAUUUCAAACCUCAAUCACUGUGCUGAGCAUUGCAUGCCCCUGUUCUUUAGGCUUGGCUACCCCAACAGCUGUGAUGGUGGGCACAGGAGUUGCUGCGCAGAACGGUAUUCUCAUCAAAGGCGGAAAACCUCUGGAAAUGGCACACAAGAUCAAGACUGUGAUGUUUGAUAAAACGGGAACCAUUACUUGUGGAGUUCCUAAAGUCAUGAGGGUUCUUCUGCUGGGAGACACAGCUGUGCUCUCUCUGAAGAAGGUACUGGCAGUGGUUGGCACUGCAGAAGCCAGCAGUGAGCAUCCUUUAGGAGUGGCGGUCACUAAAUACUGCAAAGAGGAGCUUGGCACUCAGAGCCUGGGAUACUGCACCAACUUCCAGGCAGUCCCAGGUUGUGGCAUCAGCUGCAAAGUAGGUGGUGUUGAGGCUGUCGUGGGUGUGGCUGAUGAGGGUGUUGAUAAGUUGGACGCUAACAAGAGUGGGGACAGCAGUGCUCUUCUGGGAGAUGGCGCACUGAUCACACUCUCUGAAUCGAAUGGUUCAUCAUCUUCCCACACAUACUCAGUAUUGAUUGGAAAUCGUGAGUGGAUGCGACGGAAUGGCUUGCAUAUUGCAAACGAUGUCAAUGAUGCCAUGACAGACCAUGAAACUAAAGGACAGACAGCCAUAUUAGUGGCUAUAGAUGGUGUCUUGUGUGGAAUGAUCGCAAUUGCAGAUACUGUCAAGCAGGAGGCAGCCCUUGCUGUGCACACACUGAAAAACAUGGGAAUAGAUGUGGUGCUGAUAACGGGUGACAACAGGAAAACUGCAAAAGCCAUUGCUACUCAGGUUGGGAUCAAAAAAGUCUUCGCUGAGGUUCUUCCUUCUCACAAAGUUGCAAAGGUCCAAGAACUCCAAAAUGGGAGGAGAAAGGUUGCGAUGGUUGGUGAUGGAGUCAAUGAUUCCCCUGCGCUAGCCAGGGCCGACAUUGGAAUUGCAAUUGGAACGGGCACCGAUGUUGCCAUUGAAGCAGCAGAUGUUGUUCUUAUCCGAAAUGACUUGCUGGAUGUAGUUGCCAGUAUUCACUUAUCGAAGAGAACAGUGCGGAGAAUACGAAUAAAUCUGAUUCUUGCCUUAAUUUAUAAUCUGCUUGGAAUACCAAUAGCAGCAGGUGUGUUCAUGCCUGCUGGUCUUGUGCUUCAGCCUUGGAUGGGAUCAGCUGCCAUGGCAGCUUCUUCUGUGUCUGUCGUGCUGUCUUCCCUGCAGCUGAAAUGCUAUAAGAAGCCAGACACAGAAAGUUAUGAAGCUCAAGCUCAAGGCUGCAUGAAGCCGCUUACCCCUUCCCAAAUCAGUGUUCAUAUUGGAAUGGAUGACAGGAGGAGGGAUUCAUCCAGAUCGGCUCCGUGGGAUCAAAUUAGCCAAGUGUCUCUUUCUUCCUUGACUUCAGACAAGCUGCCGAGACAUAAUGGGUUUUUUGAGGAGGAAGGGGACAAGUGGUCACUGCUGAUGAAUGGAGGAGAUGAAGAACAGUACAUCUGAAGUGUUGUGUUCUCAGUACAGCACGGAAUGUUCCACCUCACCAGUGACAACAGGGACUGAGUCAUGUCAUCAAGAGCCUCAAGGUUUUAAGUGAAAUUAUUCCUUUGGCUCAUAAAACAAUUACAGUUCAGUUUUGUGUUGUAUAGAUUGUGGAUUUUUUCAGGUCACCAGUUAUUCCUAGUCACUGAAAGAAUCUGUGACUCUACUGUGCUUAUUUGCACGUAUCAAUUAGUGAAAUAAUGUACAAUAGUAAUUUUCAGAGUCUAAUAGAGUUUCUGUCUUUUGGACUGUCUGCUGGGCACCUUUGGCACCUCCAAAAUCUCCGCCCAUGAGGAAAUAUCCACUGCAUAAGGAGCUCUGUGGUUGGAAUGCAUGGAAUCCUAACUAGUCAUGUCAUUGUGGGAGCACUUUAUACUUAGGAUUCAUGUGCAUCUUCUUGGACCAAAAAAACUGCAGUGUUUCACUGACUAUAUCUCUCUGAAAAGUAUCUUUCAGAGACUUUCACUUUCUUUCAACUAUCAAACUCUUUUGAUGCAUGUUUUUCACAGCUGAACUUGUUCUGUGAUUCCCACUGCUCUCUUAGACUUUCUCAUUUGCUCCAUAGGAGCUCUUUUUUCUUCCCUUUCUCCAAACAAGACCUCUUCUAUGAUUUAUUACUAUGUUUACAGAUUAUCCCUGUUUGGGAUAAAUUCCUUUAAGUCACUAGCAAUUUUCCAUCUUAAGGAAACCCACAAAGGCAGAGCAAUUAGUGAUCUGAGUUAGUACAUAAUUUUCCUGUGGAUAUCUUGCAUGAUCCCUCAAAGUCCUGGAUAGUUGGCAGUUGGCAGUCUGUUUCCUCUGACCAAGUGAAGAAUUUCUGUCAGUGUGAACGAAGCUGGCAGUUACCAUGGAGUGACUGGAAGCAGAACUGUGUCUACAGUUGGUGUGACUCCAGCAUGGCUGGAUGAAGUGAGUUCAUUACAUAAAUCAGCUUACAACCAGCUUCCUGGUUGCUUGAAGUGCAGCCAUGAGGUUAAAAAGGUUGAAAAGUGGCCUUAAAAUAAUGUGGGAAGUAACACUUCCUGAUGACAGAAGGGUAUGAAGAUCUAUAAUAGCUUGAAUUUUAAGGUAAAUGGAUUUCUGUGUUAUCAAUUGGUUUCAACUUCCUUUUUUGCUCUAGUUUAAUAAGAAAUUAAGGUGCUGAGCAACUCAUCUUCCACUUCAGUGUCUUUACCAAAGCUGGCAGUAGCUUUAUCACUCUGAGUGUUGAAUUCAACCCUUAACACCAUUUAGAGUCGGGACAAUAGGAACCAACUGCUGAAGUGCACUGGACCUGGCUCUCUGGUGCUGCACUGCUGAACUGUGGGACUCUGAAGUAGGCAGCCCAGAGUUUUAUAUUCUGAUUUGAGAAAUGAAAGAACAGGAAUUACUGCACCAAGCAAUACGAGGUAACGUUCACUGACUUAAAUACAGAGUGGUUUCAAACAAGGAUUCAAGUCCCACUCCUAAUUUUUUUGUUGUUUGUUUUUACAAGACCCUGAAGCACCAGGCAGGUCUUCCUUUUCUCUCUUCCUCUUAAUAUUACUUUUGAGCUGUCACGAGAAAACAUCAACAGCAUGGUCUAAAAUACUCAUGUUUUAAAACUGUAAAAUCUCCUUAUACAGAGAGAUGUGCAGAGAUGACUUCCACAGCACUCACACUUCUCAGACAUGCCAUAAAUGCCUUUACGUGGCCGUUAGGGGAAGUCUACUGUUUCACUAUUUUAUGUUUUCUUACCAGUCCUUACAGUAAAAAAAAAUAUGGUGUUUUUUUUUUAAACAAAUAAAACUUGUGUCUUGGCUUAUUUUUUUUUUCUGUACCCUUCAAAAAAUACAACCUACCGAACAACCACAUAUAAACAGUAAUUGAUGGACUGUAGGAUGUAUGUGCAAAAUGCCACUGCCAACAAGCAGUGCAGUUUGUAUAGCAUGCUGUACAAGUCCCUGAUCUUGACUUAGUGUGCUUGGCUCUGACAAAAAUAAAACCAAGAAAUUCAGUCUA